UUUUGAAACAUCAUGAAGCUCCACUACCUUAACUCACUGUUUCUUCUUGUGAUCAUCUUGGAUCUAAGUACCAAUAUCUAUGGUCUCUCAUCAUCACAACUCGUGCCCAAAAAAAUAUUGAAGCCAUUAUUACCACCUCCUGAAGCCUUGCUUUCAAUUGGUCACUAUCAUGGAACAUGUCCAGAUGCUGAAGGCAUUAUCUCACAAAAAGUUGCUGCUUGGAUUAAGAAGGACCCUACCUUGGCCCCAUCCAUCAUCCGUUUGCAUUUCCAUGAUUGUGCCAUCAGAGGAUGUGAUGCAUCAAUUUUGCUUAACCACUUAGGGAGUGAGAGAAAAGCUUUUGAGAGUAGAUCCUUGAGAGGUUUUCAAUUGAUUGAUGAGAUCAAGGUUGAGCUUGAGAAGAGGUGUCCUAGAACAGUGUCAUGUGCUGACAUUCUCACAGCUGCUGCAAGAGAUGCAACAAUUUUAGCUGGAGGACCAUUUUGGGAAGUCCCAUUCGGACGAAAAGACGGCAAGAUUUCAGUAGCCAAAGAAGCAAAUUUGGUUCCACAAGGACAUGAAAACAUAACAGGUUUGAUUGGUUUUUUUCAAGAAAGAGGACUUGACAUGCUUGAUUUGGUUACUCUCUCAGGCUCACACACAAUUGGAAGAAGCACUUGUUAUUCUGUUAUGAAUAGAAUUUACAAUUUCAAUGGAACUGGUAAACCUGAUCCUUCACUUAGUAUCUAUUACUUGAAGAUGUUAAGGAAAAGAUGUAAAAAAGAUUUAGAUUUGGUGCACCUUGAUGUUAUAACUCCUAGGACUUUUGACACUACAUAUUACACAAACCUUAAGAGGAAAGUUGGUUUGUUGUCAACAGAUCAAUUGCUGUUUUCAGAUGUAAGGACAGGUCCUUUUGUGGAAGCAUUUGCAACACAACCUUUUCUUUUUACUAGUCAAUUUGCUGUGUCAAUGGUGAAGCUUGGGAAUGUUCAAGUUUUGACUAGGCCUAAUGAAGGUGAAAUCAGAGUCAAUUGCAAUUAUGUCAAUCAUGUUUGAUUGAUUUUUCUAUUUAAUGUGUUGUUGAUUUUAUUGUUACGAUGUUAUAUUUGAGUUUUGUAAGGGUACAUUUAUUGUAUUCCUUUAAGAAACUUAAGAUUGAAUACUUAUAAGACUUAGAGGAACAUUUUGUAUCAAUAAUCUUUUAAGAUAAAGGGAUCAGAUGUAACUCUUGAUUUAAGAGUG